AUGACUGACAGACACGACAAAAUGCAGACAACACAGUUUGGUCUAUCCGAAAUUUGGCUAUACGAUAUAGUGAAGUCGAGGAUAACAACAUCGUGGAGAUCCUCAGAAAUGCAUGAAAAAUUCCAAGAUGAGUUUUUGGAUUCUUCGAAGUAUACCUAUUUUGGAAUAAUAUCUUGGUCAAUAGAUAUAGGUGUUCUGCUGUCUUCAAACACACUUAAAAAUAGAGAGGUUCAAGAGCUAAUAAAUUCUAAUGCAACUUUCGAUGUUUUAAUAAUGGAAAAUGUGAACAACGAUGCCAUCAGCGUUUUGCGAUAUAGAUUCAACUGCUCCUUAAUAGCACAAGUACCGUUUACUUCACCUAUUUUUAACGAGUAUUUCAUUGGAAACCCAUCUUCGAUAGCUUACGUUCCUGACGUUAUUGCACCUUAUGAUUCGCACUUGAGUUUUUGGGAGAGAUUACAAAAUACAUAUCGACAAAUCGUCACAUAUAUGCUUCUACAACUAAAGCAAAUACCUUCUCAAACUGGUAUUAAAGAAGAGUUAUUUCCAGGUAUGCCGGAUUUGUAUACCGACAUAUACAAUGUAGAUUUACACUUUGUGUCAUCGAAUCCCAGUUUGAAUGAUCCAAUACCGUUACCACCAAAUGCCAAAGAAAUUGGAGGACACCACGUUUCUUCUCCGGACCCUUUACCAGAAGAUAUAGAAAAAUUUAUGAAUGACGCUAAAGAUGGCGUUAUUCUAUUUUCAAUGGGAUCUAUUUUAAGUGGUGAUCUUUUUAGUGCGCAGAACAAGGAGGCUUUCUUGAGAAUUUUUUCUAAAUUGAAACAGAAAGUGAUAUGGUCUGUUGACGAUAAAAUGUUGGAGGAAUCUGAUAACAUCAUGCUUAAGAAAUGGGUGCCUCAAAAAGAUAUUUUAGCCCAUCCAAAUACAAUAUUAUUCAUUUCUCAUGGUGGUCUUCUUGGAACCUAUGAAGCGAUUUACAGUGGAGUUCCCAUACUAGGUAUCCCAGUAGUUUGGGAUCAAGUGAGAAAUAUCGAAGAUGCGGCAAGAAAGGGAUUCGCUAUUAGAUUUAAUUUUGAAGAUUUUACAGAGCAAGCAUUUGAAGAAGCUCUUCAUGAGUUAAUAAACAAUACAAAUUACAGGAUGAACGCGAAGAAAAGAUCGAAGAUAUUUCAUGACAGGAUAGCGACACCAUUAGAAGAAGCGGUUUUUUGGACUGAGUAUGUUAUCAGACAUAAAGGAGCGCAACAUCUGAGACCAAGUGUCAUGGAUCUCAAGUGGUAUCAGAGAUAUUUGAUUGAUGUUCUUGUAUUUAUCACUGUGCUUUCAAUUUUGUUUAUAAGCGUGGUGUAUUUAGUCAUUAAGAAAAUUAUGACUUUUGAUUCAAAAAUUAAAAAAGAUUGA